GAGCUGCAUGCAGGCCUUUAAGCGGCAAGAUACAAAUCCACACAAAACAGUCUACCAAAACUUGCACUGCUCUUCCAUAUUAUCUCUUUCUACCACAUUUAAUUUAUACAUAUGUAUAUGCCAAAAGGAGACAGUCAGAGGGGCACAACAGCCAACAAGUUUAUUUAGGUACGGCAGUAAAACAGCAGCAGGUAGUCAAAUGGCCUAUCCAUGAGUACUGUCGCGGGAAAGAGAAGUGCUCAAGCACACAGCCACUGUCCUUCUCAACGUAGAGAAUAAAAGAGAAAAAUGCAAAAGCUUACCAAACGCAAAUAAUUUAAAACAUACAUCUAUUUCGUUUCGCAAUAUUUUAGUGUGGAAAAUAUAGCAAGCCGGGGUGAUAUUAUUUGCGAGCUAUAUAACAUUUUUAUUCACACAAAAAAAAAGUUGGUUAAGGCAAAUAAAGAAAAUACAAAAUAAUUUAAAAGUAAUGAUACGCACAAGAAAACGUCAUGCCUCAGCGCCAGAAGGCGCUGCAAACAAAAGCCGAACGACACAACCGGCCGCUGCCCCAUCGGUAGCGCCGCCGUCUGUCUCUCAGUUAUCGACAAAUGAAAGGAACAUGGCAACAGCGGAAGGCGAAGAGGAGGAGUGCAUCAUUGACGAUAUUAAACUCGAUGUUUAUAAAAUACAACAACAGUGGUUGAGCUCAGCUGCAGAAAUUGCGCCAACGCCGACUUCGGCGUCUACGUCGGCUACUGUAGCUAAUGCCAAAAAAACCAUGACUGUCCAGCGUACGGCAGAGAAUUCAGAAGGCGUAUGUUUGUUGGAUAUCGAUAAACAUGAUGGUGGUGGGAUAUCCGCUUCGCUGCGAGACUGUAGUCAAAAUAUCGAAAAAAUAAAGUCAAAUAACGGUGAUGGUGCACAAUCGAUGAGGUUAAAGUUGAAACCAGCGAGUGUGAUAAAGUCAGAAUUCAAUUUUGAUGCCGACGAAUUAGAUAUGCAGGAAACCGAUUCGGAUGAAGAAGGGUGCCCGGAUGUUAAUUUUGAGGAAGAAUUUGAGUUAAUAGAAUGCGAAGGAGACAUGGAUAUGUACGCUCCAGAUUGGUCAAACAAUUUGGAUGGCCAACGAAAGGUGUUUAUAAACGAAAACUACAAAGGAAUUCUCGAAGGCGCUCCAAAAUCUAGCUUUUCCACGUACUAUUUUUACAAAUUGUUGGGUGGUGAUGGAUUUUUCAAAAGUUGGUCUAAAUGUUGCAAUAAACGUGCCACAGAAGCCUUUCAUAGUACAACCCACUUCGAGGAGUUUACUUCAAAAGAAAUGAGCAUUUUUUACGGCAUCUGCCUGCAAAUGGGUUCAUCACAGCUUACGACAUUAGCGGAAUAUUGGGAAUGUGAGGCACAUCAUGGUUUCGGGGGUUACUCUAGAAAACUGAGUUUGGACCGCUUUUUGCAAAUACUAAAAUUUUUAAGUUUCGAGAGUUUGCUGCCUGAAGAGAAGAGCACUAAAACGGACGAUCAAAGUGAGGAAAAAUUUGUUGAUUUGAAGCCUAUUUUGAAAUUCUUCAAUGAACGCAUGGAAUCUGUGUACAACUGCGGCCGAAGAAUAGUCUUGAAUGAGCCAAUUAUGUAUUGGAAAGGCAGGCUACAUUGGGCGAAUGAUAUGAGUCUGAAGUUUCGCAGCAAUGCGGUUAUGCUGCAUCUCUUAACUGAACAAUCCGGUUUAGUACUCAAAAUAUUGGUCGAUUUAGAAAAUCCACAAAGAAAAAAGGACGCCCAUAAUUCAAAAUCGUUUCUUGUUCAACGUCUGUCUAUUGCGAUGGAGCUGCUCAGCGAGAAAUUACAUAAGGGACAUACUGUUUUCGCUUCCAAAUAUUAUGGCAGCUAUGCACUUUGCCUGGAGCUGGGAAAGCUGGGUACCUAUUCCUCGGGACUUUUGGAAAUACAACGUUUCGGUAAUAGCAAAGAAUUGGUUCUGAAGAAUCUGAAACAAUAUCAGUCUGAAAUUAGAUAUGCGGACUUUAUAAUGAUGGGAAAAAGCCGGCGCCGAGAAAAAAAUAUUUAUUUUUAUAGUUCAGACUGUCUUGUCACGAAAUACAUUCAAACGCGUGGAGGGCUGAAAAUAGUCAAAGAGAUCGACUGGCAGUUGAAAACAGCACCGAAAAUACGCGCGUACCUGUUAGAUUACCAGUUGGCUUUAGAACGUACUGAAAUGAAGUGGGAUAAACGGUUGAUGAUCUUUGUCAUGCACCUGGUUUUAUUCAAUGCCUAUCUCUUCUUCACUACGCACGCGCAAAGUGGCACUCGUUCGAGAUCUUAUCAAACGUUUCGACAAGAAAUAAUCACAUCUUUAUUGAAUCCAAGAUUUGAUUUGGACAGCGCUGAUGACAAUGAUCUCGAGCUGAGCAUGUCAGAAAGUAAACUACGAAAAGGUUUCCCAGAUAAGUCUCGCGCGCCACAAUCCCUGAAGUUAACGGAGCACCUACCUAUAGAUGUACCUAAUUUUAAUGGACAGCGGGUCAGGAAGCGUUGUCGGAUCUGCGACAAAGGCGGUCUUAAGACCUUUUCGAAGACUUGCUGUGGAAAAUGCCCGGGUAUGCCAGGACUCUGUGUAACACCGUGCUUUAAGAUGUGGCAUGGUCAGAUGCAAAGCACAAGCGGCCACAAUUGAAUCUAAUGGAAGUAGUUAUUGCUUAGUGGUAGAGUCCGAAAAAUGAUAUGUUAUAGCGUUUUCUUUUCUCGAAAUAUUUUUGCAUUUAUUCUGCCCUGCGCCAGGGCUGUCAAGUUUCCGUGUUCUUUUCUCUGAAUCUUCACAUGCAUAUUGGGUGCUCUUUCUUUAAAAUGUUGCUUCUGAUAAUGUUGCCAUAUAAGAUGACAUUUUUUUCGAGAAGAGAAAGCGUCAUUAAAAAUCGAGAAUUCGGAACCUAAUAUUCUACUGUUUAAAUAAAUGUCCUUUGAACAUAUUGAGCACAAUAAAUGACAGCUUCACAAGCAAAUUUUAUACUUUAAAUAGAUAGAUAAUUAAUAGAGGUAUGCACUGCGACCAAUAGGUCUAUUGUGCCCUCAACCAUUUACAGUUCCUCAUCUAAUCCUAGAGAGCCCAAAAAUUUGAGGAGAUCCCCAGGGAUUAGCGAUUGUAUUGCUUCGUCACAUGACCAGUAAUGACCCAGGUACCUCUCCCGUCUUCUCGCGACCGCCUCGCAUUCGCUAAGCAGGUCCUCAGUCACGUCGCAGAAACGACAUAGGUCGUUUGACCAGAUCCCUAGCUUGUGUAGGUGGCUUUAAAUAAAAAACUCGGUGUU